AUGGAAGACGAUGAUUCUGCGCCAAAAUUCAUAAGACGGUUGGCUCGCCCCGUUCCAUUUGUUCCGGAAACCAAGGAACCAGUGGACAUUCCCUCUUCUUCGUCGAUACCCAAUAAAGAUUCCGGCGAUGAAGUAGCCGAUUUUUAUUCCAAACUUGUCUCACAGCCGUCGUCAUCCAAGGCUGGUGCUACUGAAUCGAUAUCCCCAACGACGAAUGAAGAAAAGGAUCAACCUCAACAAACCGUAUGGUGUGAAAGCUGUCAAAUGGCUCUUCUUGUAUCCGAUUAUCGUCGCCAUUUAAGCGGUACUGCUCAUCAAGUGAGCGCCGAUCUCACCCAAGCGCCCGAUUACCUCGUACUGAAUGGUUCCAACGUUGGAUUUCAGAUGCUGCGAUCGCAAGGAUGGCAGUAUGAAGAAGGGUUAGGACCUAAAGGUCAAGGACGACGACAUCCUAUAGCAACCGUGCUCAAACAGGAUCGAUUGGGACUCGGUCAUCAACGCACCGGUCGCAAGGCAGUGACUCACUCUGCGAGUGAAAUCGAAUUUCGGACCCAGCUGCGGCAGUUGCAAAUGAAAGCACGCCAACCUCUGUCAGGCAAAGAGAUUGCCAAACGCGCCCGUCGAGAAACUGAACAGCGAAAAGCCAUGCUCGAUUAUAUGAAUCGCUAA